AUGGUCCGUGUUAAGAGUCGUUGGCUGCUAUUUGAGAUUGUCGAAGAUCCAUUUAUCCAAGACUCAAAGGUUGUCUUUCCACACACACCAUUUAAUAUAACGGAAGAACAUUUGACAAGAAUCAUACGUGAGACAAUUACGAUUCAUCAUGGUGAUUUCGGUUCAGGAAUGGCAUGGAAUACUAGUGUAAAAUGGUUUAAUAGCACAACACGAACUGGAAUUAUGCGGGUGGGUAGAGAAUAUGUUGAUCUUGUGAUGGGAUCAUUAUUCUUUGUAAAACAAAUUCAUUCCAUGCAGGCCAGCUUUAACAUUCUUCAUUCUUCUGGUACUCUUAUAUCCAUUCAAAAGACGGCUAUUGAGAGAGAUAGAUCAUUCUACUUGGAAGAAAAGGAAAGAGCCGAGAGAAAAGGGCAAGCAUACGAUGCCAUGAGCAGAAUAGAAGCCAAUAUUUCUAAGAUUAAUCAGCUCGAGGCGCACUGA